AUGGAGGUUUUGGGAGCCAUUUUCGUAGCAGAGCCACACCUGGGAAGAAUAAACCGCCAUCAAGCAUACAAGUUCCAGAUACAUGCAAGGGGAGAAGUCGUGCAGCUGCUCAACCACUUGAUGCCAAGGUCUCGCAACUGCGAGAAAAGAGUUGCAGAAGAAACUGGUCUGUUGCGGGGCAUCCUCAAAUAUGCGGCCUGCCUUCAGAAUGGGACUGCGAGGAUAUACGCGGAGACACAUUUUGCGUGCCUUGCGCUCGUAUGUAGCGCCGCUGCUAGUGAGAAAGCUGAUCUGUGGGCACUGAAAGGCGAUCUCUACGAGGUCAUCGGGCACGUUUUGGCGAAUGUCAAGAGUUGGGAGCAGGUCGAUCUAGCAAGGAGGCUUCUCUGUGCCACGAUGAAAGCAGAUCUGGAAGACAACAUUCUUUCGCAGUACCCUUCUAUCGGCUCCUCUUUGCUCGCCAUGCGAUCUGCAGGAGACAGGAUGGGAGCAGAGACUUGGGACUGUGUUGUCAAUCAUGCUGUGCGCCAGUUCUGGAGAGAGGAGCUUCAAGACCUGUCCAGCAAAGGGGCAGAGUCCUACCUGGAUGAGCGUUUCCGAGCUGAUGAGAAAGCGGUGAGAAGAGCGGUCCAGCUCGGCAAAAUGUUCUCAGCACCAUCGGAGGAGACCUGCCAGACCUUCUAUGUCGAGAAGCCACGAUCGAAGCAGCGGACAGCGGAAACGGAACCAGCGGAAGUUGGGGCCGUGGGGGCCGCGAGUGUGCCUGUCAAACCCCGGCUGGAGCGCAGAAAGUGCUCGCACUCUAGUUGCGGCAACGUCGAAUCUAUGGGUGGCACAUUCCAAAUCUGUGGGCGGUGCAGACUUGCUGUGUACUGCAGUAAAGCCUGUCAGAAGCUCGCCUGGAGAACAGGGCACAAGGAUUUUUGCCACUGA